CAGAUACAAAACUAAUCUUAGAAGGUAGUUUCUUGCCCUGGCACCUAACAUCAAGCAGUAGUCAAGAUGCAAGCUGAAAGUGCUCUGUCUGUGAUUGGCUCAAGGCCAAUGGAAUUGUCUGUUGUUCCACAUGGUGGUCCUCAAACACUGGGGCAAAACGGAAAGCAGCGCACAUCAAGUUUGGAGUCACCAAUCAUGUUGCUAACUGGUCAUCAGAGUGCCAUAUACACAAUGAAGUUCAAUCCAGAAGGAACUGUCAUUGCAUCUGGGUCUCAUGACAGGGAAAUUUUUCUUUGGAGCAUGCAUGGUGAUUGCAAGAACUUCAUGGUUCUAAAAGGGCACAAGAAUGCGGUUCUGGAUCUUCAAUGGACUAGUGAUGGGUCACAGAUAGUAUCGGCCAGCCCAGACAAGACACUGAGGGCAUGGGAUGUCGAAACUGGGAAACAGAUAAAAAAGAUGGCAGAACACUCGUCUUUUGUAAAUUCUUGCUGUCCUGCCCGGAGGGGCCCUCCUCUUAUUGUCAGUGGAUCUGACGAUGGCACUUCCAAACUCUGGGAUAUGCGUCAGAGGGGUGCCAUUCAGACUUUUCCAGAUAAAUUCCAAAUCACAGCCGUGAGUUUCUCGGAUGCAUCAGAUAAGAUAUACACAGGUGGUAUAGACAAUGAUGUUAAGGUGUGGGAUUUGCGGAGAAACGAGGUCACUAUGACUCUUCAAGGCCAUCAGGAUACAAUAACUGGUAUGCAAUUGAGUCCGGAUGGGUCUUAUCUUCUUACCAAUGCAAUGGACUGCACACUCCGCAUAUGGGAUAUGCGCCCAUACGCACCACAAAAUCGUUGUGUGAAGAUCAUGGAAGGGCAUCAACAUAAUUUCGAAAAGAACUUGUUGAAAUGUGGCUGGUCACCUGAUGGAAGCAAGGUCACGGCUGGUAGUUCUGACAGGAUGGUGUACAUUUGGGAUACCACUUCCCGACGCAUCUUGUAUAAACUCCCUGGCCAUACUGGAUCUGUGAACGAAUGUGUCUUCCAUCCCAGUGAGCCUAUCGUUGGGUCUUGCAGUAGUGACAAACAGAUUUAUCUUGGGGAGAUUUAAACUACUUUUCAUCAACCUUCCCCCAUUUGGUUAUACAAAGUGAAGUUAAGAGCUGCUAUUUGGGGCCUAUGCAAGCACCCAUGAAGGUAUCACAACAAUUGUACUCUUUGUUUCUUAGCUGACCUUUGACAUGUUUAGUGCUGGUUUUUAUUUUGUUCAAAUGUUGUCUGCAUCAUGAAAAUUCGAUCUAACAUCUACCCAUGUUGGGAUGCCUAUGCAAAUUUAGCAUCUAUCCGUGUUCAAUUCUCGUCUGGCUUGUUGCUGGAACUGUGGCAAAGUUUGAAUAGCACACCAACCCAGUUG